AUGUUUACAAGUAUAUUGACAAAUGUUAUGUCCGGUUGUAUUGUUCGUACAUCUAAUAAUAUUGAUAUAUAUAUAAAUUAUUUACAAAUAGACAUUUAUCAAGGACGUUUAAAAGUUUUACUUAUUUUUAAUAAUCAAGGUGAACGUGAACAAUUAAUUAAUGAUCAAGAAAUUAAUGAUGGUAAAUAUCAUCUUGUUUUAUAUGAAAGAAAUUAUUCAUCAAUUAGUUUAAAAAUCGAUAAAAAAAUUAUAAAAAAACAAUUAUCAAAUAAAAUAACAAAUUUUAAUAUAAGAAAAAGUUUAAUUUAUCUUGGUUAUAAUACAAUUCUUAAACAAGGUUUUCAAGGUUUUUUGUAUGGUUUUACUUAUAAUAUUUACAAUUUAUUUGAUUUAAUUUCUCCAACAUUCCAACAUAUUAAUUACACAUUUUCAUCCAUGUAUAAUGGUUCUUCUCUUCUUGUUAAUCCACCCGAAAUAGAUAAACUUGAUUAUACUUUAGUUACAUGUGAAUAUUCUUAUAAUGAUGAUUUUUGUGAUGAAAGUUUAGAAACAGAUUUAUUCUUACCAAAUAUAACUUUAAAAUCAUUACUUGACUAUUAUCAAACAACUACAACGACUACAACAAUGACAUAUUCGAUUAAUAUAGGAAAUAAAACAUUAUCAUCACAUUUUUCUACUACAAGAACUACUAUUCAAUCAAUAAAUUUUUCUAAUUCAUUAAAUAAUCAAAAUAUAUCAUCGUUUAGUGAUAAUAUUACCAAUAUUCCACCACAAUUCGUUUCAUCAAGAAAAUCGAAAAUACGUAUAAAAUCUAAAUUUAAUAUUUGGUUAAUAAUAGGACCAGUUAGUGCACUACUUGUCUGUUUAAUUCUAUUUCUUAUCGGUUAUAUUAAAUAUAGACGAAAAGAUGCGGGUACAUAUCAAGUUGAAGAAGCACAACGUUUUCGACCAUUAAUUAUUGAAUUACAAAAUGAUCAAAAUUCAUCCACAAAUGAUAUAUCACCAUCAUCACGAAUUCAUAAUAAAAAAACAUCCAAACAAAAGAAACAAAAGAAAAAAAAACAAAAUGGUAUAAAUGAAGAUAAAGAAUGGUAUAUAUAA